AUGAACCUGAAUCGGUCGUGUUCUGAGAUUGAGGAAGAGUAUAAUCGGUUGUAUGCUGAGAUCCCCGACUCAGAGUAUGAGGAUUAUAUGGAUGAUGAGGAUGAGGAUGAGGAUGAAGAGGAGGAGGACGAGGGAAUGUAUAGUGGUGAGGUAUUGGUGGAUGAAACCAACAAGAGCAAUAGUGCACAGGCACAGGCGAGCACUCGUAUCGCCAAAAGUGGUGGUGCGCUGUUGACCCCUGCCCCCACAGCCACUUCCUCUGCCGCACAGUCCACACAUUCUUCACAGGAGAACCUUGCGGGUCUUUUUAGUAUGGCCAAAGCAGCCGCCGCUGCUCAUCAACAGCACCACCAACAGCAACAACAGCAGCAAUUGAAGCAGCCUCUCCUGGACCCACAACGCCUUCCCUCCCCUCUUCCUCUCAAUGAACAAGAAGACGAGUACGACGAAGGGUAUGAGGACUAUGAAGACCAUCACCAGCAACAGCAACAACAACCGCAACAACACGACCAACAAUCCAACUGCCCACAACCGUACCCACAGCAAACACUCGUCCACAACCAAGGCCACCGCUCAACUCCCAGCUUCUCAUCCACAACAUCAACAACCCGCCCCGCAAGGAUGGUCCGCGUCUGGACACCUGAACAAUCCGAGACGCUCAAGAACCUCGUCGAAGUCUACUUCCCAGGCGCUUACCGUAUAAACUGGGUCUGGGUCGCAGCGCAGAUGGGCAACGCGUUCACGAGAAAGCAGUGCAAGAACAAGUGGGAGAUUAUGAGGCGGAGGAUGGGGACUGAGGAUGAGAUCAUGUUGUUGAAGAGAGGGUAUCAGGAAUUUGGGCCUUCUUGGGGACAAAUCCAGGAAAAGUAUUUGCCAGAGAGGUCUAGGGGUGGGAUUUCGAUUAUGUGGGAGCUUUUGGAGACUCGUGAGGCAGAGGUGGGACCGCAGUUUGGGUCAGGAGGAAUGUCAGGGUCAGGGUCAGGGCCCGGACCAGGAAGUAUUGUAGGGAGUACUAGUAGUGGCGGGGGAGGGGGAGGGACGUCAGGGAUGAUAACGAUGACAGCAGGACCCGGAUCGGCAAACAUUCCUCGCAAGACGUUAUCGCCCCACCGUAGGAACUUGUCCCUGUCCUCUAUCAAGUCGACACCCCUCCGUGUCAACAUUUCCAAAGACAGUGCUUCCACUAGCACAGCUCAUCGUCAAAGAACAUCCACCGUCGACAUCGAUGCAAUGGAGCUGUCCUCCCCAACAACUUCUCUCUACACCUUGACCGAGGAAAUGACCAUAGGUUCCAACCCUCGCGCCACCACAACAACAGCCAGUCGACCCUACCAGCACCGGAAAUCAGCCUCCGUCUCCAGUACAAUAUCCAUGAGUAGAUUCGGACAUGGUCGCCACGGAUCCGACGUUUCUCUCUUCGGUGAAUGGGGCUCUUCAGAAAGAAUGAUGCCGAUGACGUGGACAGAGCCGCUGACGAGACGGUUGCAGGAUCUUGUACGAGAGCAUUUUCCGAACCAGAGCAAGGUCAAUUGGGCGAUGAUCUCCUCGUUGAUGGGGUGUACCCCAAUGGUGUCGAAGGACCAAUGCAAGCGGCGGUGGUAUCUGAUUUCUCAGCAGCAGCAGCAGCAGCAACAGUUGCAGUUACAGCAACAACAGCAGUAUCAGCAGCAACAACAGCAGCAUGCGGCCAUGGACUAUCGACAGCAGCAGGACGAGGUCAUGUUGGUGUAG